UAAAUACGUCACGACCGUCCUGCCUGCAAAACAAUACACGUACGAACCGAACACGGUUAAUAACGGGAGUUAAACGACUGCUCGCUGAUCGAGAGCUCCGGUUCGUGGACAUGAAAGCGAGAUCCGCGUGAGACGAUCGUUCCGCACGGACGCGCACUUCCAGCAUCGACGGUCACCGGAUUCGGCGAUGGAUCCCGGCGGGUGUCGGUUGAACGGCGGCGGCGGCGGUGAUAUGAUCACACUGGAGGAUCUGGAGUCUGUGUCGGAGGAGCAGCUGUUGAACAGCCCCGAGGAGGGGCAGCAGGAGCCGCAGGAGGAGCAGGGGAGGCUCCUGAGGUACUGGACGGAUGUGGCGCGCGGUCACCAGGUGGAGGUACCGACAGACAUGGCCGAACCCAUCCGUCAGAUCACCACCGAUAACGAGGGCACACACACACGGGAGCAGGUGCCCUACACACUCCUCACACGCAAGGAGAAGUGCGGCGAGGUGGUGUUCGAGAAGCGUCACUAUGAGAAAGCGCACUGGGCCUGCAUCACGGUUCACGAGGACACAUAUGAACAGAGCAUCUGCUACGGCUUCAUGAAGAUCAUGAGAUACAUCUGCCAGCAGAACUCAGCAGGACGUUAUCUGGGGCUGACGAUCCCGAUCGUGACGGUGGUGCGCACCGAUGAGACACACAGGAGUCUGUCGCGAGCCGUGACCGUAGCGUAUUACCUGCCCCCCCCGCACCAGAGCGAUCCGCCGCGGCCACACGACCCCGAGGUCACCGUCGAGCAGUGGCCUGCUGCGGUCAUCUACUCCAGGGCCUUCACGGGGGUCACGAACGAGCUGACCAUCCUCCACGAGAUCAGCAGUCUGGCCGAGGCUCUGGACCGUCCAGCCGUCUGCGUCAGCGACUCCUUCAUCAUAGCUGGGUACACCAACCCCGCGGCGGCCCACCGGCAGAACGAGAUCUGGUUCCUGGAGCGGCCCUGAGAGGAGCGUCACACGGAGUAUAAGCUACACAAACACUCGCUGAAACACUGAUGCUGUAACACAAUCGUCACAGACCUCUCGUCUUCUGUCCGUCUCUCGCUCUAGAACCAACGCUUACGAUAAUCCAUAGAUGCAGAUAUAUUUAUAUAUAUAUAUUCCAGAUUCUCAUUGUGCUAUUUGAAGUAUUUUUGAAAGGUGUGUGUUCCAGCAGGAAGCUCAGAUGUCAGACACCGUGAAUGAGUUGAUCUGUCCUCAGUAGAAACACUGUGAAGCUUCUGUUCUGAUCUGAAUAAACCACUGCUGACCCGA